AUGGAUCACUUCCUGAAACUUUUACCAAAACUGACGCCGCAGUUGAGAAAGGGUGAUUGCGGAAAAAUCGCUGUAAUCGGAGGCUCUUUGGAAUACACGGGCGCCCCCUACUAUGCUGCGUCUUCGGUCUCCCGCCUCGGCGCCGAUCUCAUCCACGUCUUCUGCGCUCCAGACGCGGCUCCAGUUAUCAAAGGAUAUUCACCGGAUCUAAUUGUUCAUCCCGGGAUGAAUGCUUCUUCGAUUCUUCCAAAAUUAAAUCGAAUGGAUGCGAUUGUGGUUGGACCAGGAUUAGGACGAAAUCCAACACUUUGGCCGUUGCUUCAAGAAAUUUUUAACUUUGUGAAGAAUGAGAAAGUGCCAUUUGUGAUUGAUGGAGAUGGUCUGUGGUUUGUGUCGGAGCACAUUGAGCACUUCCCACGACAAAUGGUCACCACAGUACUCACACCUAAUAUUGUUGAAUUUUCGAGACUUUGUAAAUCGGCACUUGGGGAAGAAGACGUGUUGAAUGUGAAGAGUAGCAGUCAAUUACAACAUUUGGCAGCCGAGUUGAGCAGAAAAAUGGAUGUGACGAUUUAUAUGAAAGGGGAGGUUGAUUUGGUUGUCACUCCUAAUGGCGAAGUUUCUAAAUGCUCGACGGAUUCGAGUUUGAGGAGAUGUGGAGGUCAGGGAGAUGUCACUGCUGGAUCACUGGGAUUGUUCUUGUAUUGGGCCAAAAAAAAUCUCGGUGACGACUGGACAUCAGCGCACCACGAAGCCGGAAUCUCCUCGAGUUGGUUAGUCCGAACGGCCGGAAGACGUGCAUUCGAGAAACACGGCCGAUCAAUGAACACUCCUUUAUUGUUGGAUGAGAUUCCGAAACUAGUGAGAGACGUAGAGACACGAGAGAUGAAGGACACCGUUCAUUCGGAUAGCUCUAAACAUUGA